UUUUUUUCGCAUAUGACAACACUGUAUAGAGUUUCCUUUUUUAUUUCGGUUCUUUGCCGUGUUGUUUAGGCGAAGAACAUCGGAAUGAAGUACAAUAAACUUGUCACAUCCUCGCGGAGGAAAAACAGGAAGAGGCACUUCAGUGCCCCUUCACACAUCAGACGAGUUCUUAUGUCAGCACCUCUCUCCAAAGAACUCAGGCAAAAGUUUAACGUUAAAUCUAUGCCAAUCCGAAAGGACGACGAAGUUCAGGUUGUGCGUGGUCACUACAAAGGUCAGCAAGUUGGUAAAGUAGUCCAAGUCUACCGUAAGAAGUUUGUAGUAUACAUUGAGAGGAUUCAACGCGAAAAGGCCAAUGGCGCCAGUGUUUAUGUGGGCAUCCAUCCUUCAAAGUGCGUUAUUGUCAAAUUAAAGAUGAACAAGGACCGAAAAGCCAUCUUGGACCGCAGAGCGAAGGGCAGACUGGCCGCCCUCGGCAAGGAUAAGGGUAAAUACACGGAGGAGACCGCCACCGCAAUGGAAACCUCGUGAACCCUUAGUUUAUAAGACAAAUAAAAAUAUAAAAAGCAAUUGUCUUUAUAUUUCGUC